AUGGGAGAUCAACCGCAUUGUUCAGGAGAUAUAUCUACUGCCUCAGCUAUAAUCCUGGGAAUUUUGAACGCAGUAUCCGGAUUAGCGGCCAUCAGUGGAAAUCUAAUGGUUCUUGUAACUUUCUUCAAGAACCGCUCCCUUCACCAACCGUGUUAUUACCUCAUUGCUUCAUUAUCAGCCAUCGAUCUGUUCGUGGGCUUGACAGUGAAUCCGUUGUACAUCUUGUUAACUAACGUUGUCCCUUGGCAGUACAGAGAGAAGCAUCUCCUGCAGCUGGAAAGCUUUUUUGCAAUGUCCAGUUCGAUGAUCAUCAUGCACACUUUGUGCACUAUGAGCCUAGAACGCUACACUGCUGUUAUCUUUCCGUUGCGCUAUUACAGCUUUGUAACCGUAAAGCGCACUGUAAUCGCUGCAAUAAUCACUUGGGUUUUCGGCUUCACGCUCAAUGCCUUUUCCUUUGCACUGGAUUCCCAAGACUUGCCAAAACUGUGGAUUAUCUGUGGAGUAUUAACAGGUCUUGUCCCCAUGGUCAUCAUCUUUUACUCCUAUGGGAAAAUUUUCAUAGCUGCGCGCGAUCAAUCGCGAAGAAUUGCCAUUGCAGAGAACAGUGUCUCCGUAAUUUCGCGAGACGCUGAGAGCACCGAGAAUGGCGCAGAAAUAACCCCUCGAAUUGAACCCAAAAAAGCUAAGAAAAACGCCUGGACAGUAGGAAUAGUUGUUCUGGUGGCUGUCUCUCUCUCUAUGCCAGUAAGUGUGGUCAGUGUUCUGCAGAUUGUCACCAGCGACUUGUGUCGUCGCAGACAUUACAACCGAGCAUGGAUGUGGGCCGCUACGCUGUCUCUUACAAGUUCGGCAAUGGAUCCGUGGAUAUACGCAAUGAGAAUUAGGGAGUUCAGAGCCACCUUCAAACGCACACUGUGUAUAAAAUAA